GUAGAAUGCUGCACUCACUGCCAAGUGAUGCAAGACUGUGAUAAUGGGCGCUCCGCCCACCCGCAUAAAUAGUGCGUGGGAAACAGGCAUCGAACAUUUACAGCAUAGUUAGUGGCUGAGAGCUGUAAAGAUGACGGAUAUCGAAGACUUGCUGCCCCAGAAUUUUGCCUAUGUCAUCCUGACUUUCAUCUACAGCUAUGUAAUGCUGAUGUACCUCGGUAUAAAUGUGGGGAAAGCAAGGAAGAAGUAUGGAGUGAAGGUAUAGUAGGUGCACGCUUUUCCCUGGAGACACUGCAUUGUUUACUUGUUUUUUAGUAAAAGUUUAUCUGCUGCCACGCUCAGGAGUCCAUUUGUAAAUAUUAUUUUUGUGGUAUACUAAAAAAAAAAAAAAAAAAAGCUUAUUCACUAAACUCCUGAUUGUCAUACAUUUUCUUUUAAAAAUAAUCAGUAUGUGACAAUCUAGGUCAGUUCUUUCAAGCCAUUGGAAAUUGUAUUUGUUACAGUUGGGAGUUUAGAGAAUAUACCGCUAGUACUUGCAAAACACUUGAAAUGUUUUCAGAAACAUGUUAAGAUGCAUAUUUAUCUGCAGAAAUACAACUGAGCUCUGAGUCCAACCCUCAAAACAGACCAGGUUUAAAGUUCUCUAUUUUUGAGCACUCCAGGCUUGAUCCAACUACCCCACCCACACACAUAUUAAAUGCAUUAUAGAGACAACACAUCAAAUAUGUUUAGAAAAGAUGAGAUGCUCAACUCAGAAUGUCCCAGAUUUGCUGCUAAUCAGAACUGAGAAGGAAUGCGCACUCUCAGUGGGUUACUCCGACUCUAUUUGCCGCUUUUUUCCCCAAAUAAUACCCUAAAAUAAUGUUAUAAAAGUUACCUUUCCACUCCCUGACUGACGUCAUUGCAGUCGUCGCAAGGUCCUGAUUGGACUUUCUAACCUGUUUAGAGCAUAUGUGCAUUGUCUGCGCCGACAAGAGAAAAGGAGGGGGCGGUGAGGAUAUGAGGGGCGAUUAAAACGGAGGGUAUAGGGAAGCUGGAGGGUUAACCCCUUGCAGGCUGUGUCUGAAAGGGAAAAGCAUUGCCAACGUGCAGUGUGUAGUGACGACAAAAUUAUUUUUUGCACAGAAUUGACAUUUGGCAAUUUGGAACAGAGUUCAAAAUGAAUUUGUUGGGGUCAUAAUAAACUGCUGGGCAAAGCGUUCCAUACACCUCACUUUUGGAUCGAACGUUCAGGGAGAGCCUUUCAGUGAUACACAGACGACGUGUUUCAAUUUGGGCUACUACCAAUGUAUCCAGACUCAGGCAAAUAUAUUUAUAGACAGAAGUUACAGCAAAAGUAAUAUGACAAGAUCACAUCAGGUAAACACGAUAUUGCUUAUUCAGCAACCAACAACAUGUAUUUCUAGUAGCGAGGUCAAAGGUUCUCAUUGAUGGUCGGCAACAGGUUCAAACUAGAUUAUUUCACGAAUACGCUGCCCAUUUACACUAAUCAUGUAUUUACUUUUUUAACCCUUUCAAUAGCUGAUUUGGAUAACUAGAACAAUUUUUUAAUAUAUAUAUCCACACAACAUACAAGAUCCAGCGCACUCGCUGAUUUACUAAACAGCAAUUUCAAAUCUCACAGAAUGAUAGUUUUAUUUAAAAACAUCUUACCUAAGAAAUAAUUACCGGGGGAUUUAGUUAUGCUAUGAUCAUACAUUACAUAAGCCUGCCACAACGUCAAUGUACCUCAUUCUUGGCAGUUCAUCCUCUUAUGCCGAAUGACCGCUAGAGUAGGACCUGCCAAGAAUGAGUAACAUUGACGUGGUGGCGGGCUUAUGCAAUGUAUGAUCAUAUACUGUAACUAAACCCCCAUCAUUUUUUUGCCUAGGUGAGGUUUUUAAAUAAAACUAUAGCAUUCUGUGAGACAUGAAAUUGAUGUUUAGUGAAUGAGCGAAUGUGUUGGAUUUUGUAUGGUAUAUAAAUGGGCCCCAGCAGCACCCUAUAAUGUAUGCUCAGGUGAGUGCAGAUAUAUUAUAUAUAGAUAUAUAAUUUGGACUGUUGAAUACCGUGACCAUUUCAGCCAUUUAGGAGUAGUAGGAAUUUGAGCACAAUUUUUAUUUCUAUGUUUUGUUUGAAUCCCUAAUUAUUCAUUCUUUCACGAAUAACCCGGUUUGUUUAAAUAAAAUACGUUUACUUUUAUAGGGAGGAUAGUCAUUGCUGUAACAUCGUAUCAUGUGUGAUUUAACCCCUUAGCGACUGAGGACGGUUCAGGACCGUCAUCGGCAUUUUUGCCUUGAGGACCGAUGACGGUCCUGAACCGUCCUAACGGUCUGGGGGUACUUACCUGAUCGCCGUCGUUCCCCCGGCGGCGAUCAGUGUUCCUCCUGUUGUGGGGAGACUGCCUGCAGCCCAGACAGUCUCCCCACGGCAGAUUAGGACCCCUGUGGCCAUGUGAUCGCUUAACACAGCGAUCACAUGGUCACAAUAGGUGUCCAUAGUGCUGCCUGCAGGGGGACUGCCUGUGCUGACAGGCAGUCUCCCUGCUAGUGUAAAAUCAAAAAAAUAAAUAAAGUUAAUGGUAAUACAAAAAAUAAUAAUAAUUAUAUAUAUGUGUAUAAAUAUGAUAUAUAGACAUAUAUUAUAUCUAUAUAUGUCUAUCAUAUAUAUAAAUGUCAUACUAAGUGUAUUUUUAUAUUAAUAUGUACUUAUAUUAAUAUAAAUACACUUAUAAUUAAAUUACGCACGUAUAUAUAAUAUAUAAUAACUAUAUAUAUUGUGUAUAUAUAUAUUAUUAUAAAAUAUAAAUAAGUAAUUUAAAUUAAAUAAAUUUAAAAUAAUAAAAAAAUUAAAAAAAAUUAUCUAUAUGUAAUUUUAUUCUAACUGUAUUUUAAAAUUAAUAUAUAUAUAUUUAUAUCAAAAUACACUUAGAAUGAAUUUGUAUAUAUAUCUAUGUAUAUAAAAAUAAAUACAAAUAAUAAGAAAUAUACAUAUGUCCAUAUACAAAAUUACAUAAAUAAUUAUAUAAAUAUACACGUAGACUUCAAAUAUAUAAAUAUGCAUAUAUAUUUAAAUUCUACGUGCGUAUUUAUGUAAUAUUUUUACAUAAUUCAGUAAUUUUAUUGAUUGCAAUUUGAGGGACCUGCCUGCCAACCCAGGCCGAAAUUCCAGAGAAUUGAAUUUGCUAGCACUGUAUUUUACCCUGUAACGUUCUACGACACCCUAAAACCUGUACAUGGGGGGUACUGUUUUACUCGGGAGACUUUGCUGAACACAAAUAUUAGUGAUUCAAAACAGUAAAACCUAUCACAGCGAUAAUAUUGUCAGUGAAAUUGACUUUUUUGCAUUUUUCACACACAAACAGCACUUUCACUGAUGAUAUUAUUGCUGUGAUACAUUUUACUGUUCUGAUACACUAAUAUUUGUGUUCAACUUUGAAAAUCUAUUAAACAGUACCAUCUUCAGAGACUACUACGACCUGAACGUUACAAGGUCAAAUAUAUGGGUCAAAUAUUUUUACAUUGAAAAUGGCCAGGUUAGUUACGUUGCCUUUGAGAGCGUAUGGUAGCCCAGGAAUGAGAAUUACCCCCAUGAUGGCAUACCAUUUGCAAAAGAAGACAACCCAAGGUAUUGCAAAUGGGGUAUGUCCAGUCUUUUUUAGUAACCACUUGGUCACAAAAACUGGCCAAAAUUAACGUUCAAUUUAGUUUUUUUACUUUUUUCACACACAAACAAAUAUGAAUGCUUACUUUGGCUAGUGUUUUCGACUAAGUGGCUACUAAAAAAGACUGGACAUACCCCAUAUUGAAUACCCUGGGUUGUCUACUUUAAAAAAAAUAUGUACAUGUGGGGUGUUAUUCAGAGAUUUAUGACAGAUAAUAGUGUUACAAUCUCACUAUUGAUAAAUUUAAAAAAUUUAUGUUUUGAAACCGCAAUAUUCUACUUGUACCUAUAGCCUAUAACAUGCAAAAAAAAGCAAAAAAGCAUGUAAACACGGGGUAUUUUUAAACUCAGGACAAAAUUUUGAAUCUAUUUAGCAGUUUUUUUAAUUCGCUUUUGUAGAUGAGUAAAAGAUUUUUCAAGUAAAAGUCAAAAAACAUGUAUUUUUUUCAAUUUUUCAUUAUUUUUUUUAUUUUUUUUAAAUUAAAAUACAUGAGAUUAUAUAAAUAAUGGUAUGUAAAGAAAGCCCCUUUUGUCCUGAAAAAAACAAUAUAUAAUUUGUAUGGGAACAGUAAAUGAGAGAGCGGAAAAUUCCAGCCAAACACAAACACCACAAAAGUGUAAAAAUAUGCCUGGUCGCAAAUGUACAACAUCGCAAAAACAGUCCAGUCUUUAAGGGGUUAACAAUAUUUAGUUUGAAUUUUCACUUGUGACAGGUUUCUUUGUAGUUCUAGAUCUCUUCUUCUUGGUGUUUCUUAAAAACCACUCAUUUCACGUUGCAAAAAUGCUUGUCAUGCUGACUACACAGAAAAUUCUGUAAUUGAACUUUUAACCAGUUGUCUAAUACUACAGAACACAACCCUGUAGAAACCUGUUAGACUAGAAAGAGAUUCAGGGAAAACAUUCAAUAUGUAGUAUUGAAUAGUAUCAGCUAACAAUAUAUAGCAUUUGAAAUUCAACAAAACAAUAAGUUAGUAAAAUUUGGAAACUGAAAUGAGCACCUUCCAAAUAUGAUUCUGUAACCUCUAUAAAUCAUGGAAACUGUGUAUUAUCGGCAUCAGUAUUGUGCUCAGUAGCGCAGCUGAAUUGUUUUAUUUUAACAGUUCCUCAUACCCUCAUCAGACUCACAAAAUUCAUAGCAACUACGCAUAGUGUGUGCAAAAAUAGAGAUCUAUAGAAAUCUAUACAUUGUGUCCAUUAUUGUAUUUUGGAUGGGUAGGCAGGUAGAUUUAAUCCAGGUGUUUUCCCCACCAAGUUUGCAUAUAUAUCCUGUGCACAAAAUUUACAGUGGGACUGUGACCUCAAAACCACCGUGGACAGGGUAUUAAAAGAGCUUAAAGACUUAGUAAAGGAAUAUUUCGAAUUCCAUUUCCUAGCUGUUUUUUUGUAUUUCAACAUAUUUCAUUUUCCAUGAUAGAGAAGAUUUCAUAUAAUUGAAUUGACGAUGGCCACAAAAGUUCUAAUCUCAAAAUACUGGCUUAAACAGGAUAUCCCCUCUUGGCUACAGGUUGUAAAUCAGGUUGAAUAACCAUGUAACAUGGAAAAGGACAUCUAUCAGGAAAAUAUUAAAUGGUAUGAUAAAAAAAAAAUGGACACCUUGGCUGGGACGGCUUAUAUUAAAACAAGACUAGUCCUUUCUUUACAACCUUUAUCAUUUGUACUAAAGUCUAACGGGCCAAUAGCCUCGUCAGGGACUAUUAAUAAAUACUCCCAACUUAUUUGUCUAAUACAAUCUAAUAUUAAAAUAUAUAUAUAUUUUUUUUCCUCUUUCUUUUCCCCCUUUCAUCCCAACGUCUCCAGAUGGCCAGCAGUUCCCUUCUGUUAUAGUCCAUUGUCAAUGUAAUGUCAUGUUGUCAUUUUAUACGAAACAAUCAAAGUAUGCCAAUUUAGUUAUUUAAAGGGACACUAUAGCCACCAAAAUAACUACAGCUUAAAGGGACACUAUAGUCACCAGAACAACUGAAGCUUAAUGUAGUUGUUCUGGUGAGUAUAAUAGCUCCCUUCAGGCAAUUUCAUGUAAACACUGCCUUUUCAAAGAAAAGGCAGUGUUUACAUUGCCCAUAGGGAAAUACAUUGCAUACAUUGCCCAUAGGGAAACCUCCAAGUGGUCACUCCUCAGAUGGCCACUGAAGGGUUUCCUGGCUCCAGGCUACACAGUAAGCAGCCCAGUCGUUCAGUGUCCUAAUGCUCUGCAUGGGGACGCUGAAUUUUCCUCAGAGAUACAUUGAUUCAAUGCAUCUCUAAUGAGGAGGAGGUGCUGAUUGGCCAAAACAGCAUUUGGCCCCGCCCUGUUGCUGAUUUUAGAUAAUCCAAUGCUUUUCCCAUGGGUUUUCACUAUAGGGUCAGGAAUACAUGUUUGUGUUCCUGACCCUAUAGUGAUCCUUUAAUAUUUGUUCUGGUGAAUAUAAUCAUUUCCUCCAGGCAUUUUCAUGUAAACCCUGCCUUUUCAGAAAAAAGGCAGUUUUUACUUUGCCGUCUAGGGACACCACCAGUGGCCACUCCUCAGAUGGCUACUAGAGGUGCUUCCUGAGGCAGUGCUGCAUAGUGUGCAGGACUGCCAUUCAGUGUCCCCAGUGUUUUUUUUUUUUUUCUCAGAGAUGCAUUCGAAUCUCUAUGCGGAGGUGCUGAUUCGUUUGGCCCCACCACCAUCCUGCCUCUUUGCUGAUUUCAGCGAAUGAAUUGGCUGAAAUUAUAACUUCUGAUGAUGUAAGCAAGGAGGCAGAACUGGGGCGGGGCCAGCGCCAGCAGAUCCACACGCCUCUGUAAAUAAGGUGAGUUUUAACCCUUUAUAAGAGGAAAAGGGGGCCCUAUAGAAAACACUAUAGGGUCAGAAAUACAUGUUUGUGUUCCUGACCCCAUAGUGUUCCUUUAACCCCUUAAGGACACAUGACAUGUCAUGAUUACCUUUUUAUUACAGAAGUUUGGUCCUUAAGGGGUUAAAGUCAAUUGUGUGUUUUGUCAAAGAAAGGAUGGGAGAAGAAAUAUAUUAAGGUCAGAGGGUGAAAUGAACCCAGUUAUCUAAAGAACAAGGAUUGGACAAGUGCCAUGACCACUAGAUGGAAACGGAGUAAAAACUUAAAUCUUUAUUGGGUAUCUGUUAAGAAGAAUAAGAAAUAUAGUAGUAAACUUGAAAACAAUGAUAUAUAUAUAUAUAUAUAUACACACACACACCUCAUGUUAACCAAGGUAUUUACAAGUGUGCAUAGAUACAAGUAUAAAACAUAUAACUAACUACAUACAAAGAAUGUCCAAUGGUGUGAGUCUAAAUGUUGUAAACACAGAACCUUAUCUUAAUUGUUGUAGGGUAUUAAGUCUAAAGGUAAUAUUGGCUCUGUGACAAGCUGUUAGAUCUAACUCUGUGUACAAGUUGGGCAACUUGUGCAAAGUCUCUAUUCCUGCAGCAUCCUAGUGAAACCUAGCAAACUGAAGAGCAACAAUGUUGCAAGCAGGUUAUCUAGAUACAAAGCCAAGGAGAAACCUCAACUAAAUAGUGCUAUCAAAUGAGCAUAUAUUACCACGUUAGUUUACUCUAAAAUCUACACCAAACUAAUGCAUGUGGUCCUCCAACACUCUAAAAGUAAGUAUCACUGUCUUGUGCCCAAAGGGGCACCCGGGUUGGGAAUAUAAGCCAAAGCUAAUAGUCUCUUGGAUACAAAAUAAUGUGUUGGCAGAGCAAAAAAGACAUACGGCACUGCUACUAUACCUCUAUUCUGUGCCUUCAAGGACACCAGGGCUUGACAUCCAAAGUGAACUCUCCCUAAUAACAGCAGUGCGGUAAUAUAACGAGCAUACCUGAACCUGUCGAAACAAGAGAGAAGGGGGAUCCUGCCUUCUCUGAAUUGUCGAGUGGUAUGAAUACUAUGACGCCAGAAUCGGCUACGAUCUAAGGUGUCCAAAGUAUAACUGAGCCCCGACGCGCGUUUCCCCGGUUGGGCGAAGAAGAGCCGCGUUUUGUCAACUUAAGCUUUUCCCAUAAGACAAAGUAAUUCCUGCUUGAUCGUAUGAUAGCUUUUAUUAGCAUGGCCAAUAUGGGCAAAGCAGCCAAGAAACCUUUAAUAAAGAUUUUAUAUUUCUCUAUGAGAAGAAUUAUUAGCCAAAUGUAUUUAACUAAUAUUGCAAUGCUUUAAUUUGUCUCACUGCAGGCACAGGGCAUAUGCACCAAAACCACUGCAUUAGGUUGUAGUAGUUUGAUACUAGUAAUGUGUGGUGUGUGUGUGUAUAUAUAUAUAACUUAGAGAAUUCCAAGUAGUGGGGCUAUUUUGUUUGUGUAUAUGAAAAAUGCAACAGAGUAUUUAAAUAGGAAUUAAGCACCCAUAUAAAGAAAUGCAGAUAAUUCUAGAGAGUUUGCAGAAAUAUCCACAUCCACUUUGUCCACAUAUUUAGGUUUAUUCGCUAAACAAACAAGUUGAUGUACAUCUAAAUUAGACUUUAGUACACACCUCCAGUUUGUUUCCAUUUUAUGUUGGUACUGCGCAAUCCGUUUUCUAACAGUCCUUCCUUUCUCAUUGCAGUAUCCACAGAUGUACUCUGACAAGGAGAAUGUGUUUAAUUGUAUCCAGAGAGCACAUCAGAACACACUGGAAGCAUAUCCCGCAUGGUUGAUCUUCCAACUGAUAGCAGGUCUUGCAUAUCCAGUAAGUUAAUGCAUUUGUGUAUGUAUGAACAUUAUUGUGAGAUCCAGCAUUUUUGUUUGUGUCCUAGAACAUCAUAUAAUAAUAUGCCACAAACCCUGUCUAAAUGAAAAGCUGCAAUUCAAUGUCAGAUUAGUUUGAAUUCUAAUCUGACAUUGCACAGUUGCUCUGAUUCACUAUAAUCUGUAGAAAUUCUAAAUGUUGUUCAUACAGUGGGAGGUGGAUCUAGACCAGGGGUUCCCAAUUGAUGUUUUCGUGUUGAACCCUUUGACAUAGUGUGUGUGUGUGGGGGAGUUCCACAAUGUUGAUACACUGACACACAGAUACACACACCUUGAAACACUGUGUGUGUGUGUGUAUGUAUGUGUGUGUCAAGGUGUUUGUAUUUGUGUGUCAAAGUGUGUGCAUCUGUGUUUGUAUGUGUCUGUGUAUGUGUCACCUUGACACACAGAUACACACUGGCACACACCUUGACUCACAAAUACACACAGUGACAUACACACACACACACACACUUGCACCCACAGAUACACACACUGACAUAUACACACUCUUUGACAGACACACUCUCACUGACAAACACACAUACUAUUUUACAGACACUUAUACCCUAUCACUGGCAAGAACAGAUACAUUCUUACUGACAAACACGUACACUCACUGACAAGCACACAUUCACUCUCACUGACAGACAUACAAACUCCCUAACACACACAUACAUUUUUUUUUUUUUUUUUACAUAAUUAACUCCACCCAGCUCCCAUACCUUUUUUAUGAGUGCUGGCAUGCAGUCCAUGGGGUCCAGUUGGGCUUCUGGUGUGCUGAGCAUGAAGUCCCUGGGGUCCAAAGGGGCUGCUGAGUGGCUGGCGGCGAGGGAGCAGUGGUCUCCCUGCUCAGCUCCCUUGCACGCCUCUCACUGCAGUGCGCGCAAGGGAUCUGAGCAGGGAGCUCACUGCUCCCUCGCCGCCCGCAGCCAUUUUAUUUUUUAAACUUUUGGCGGAACACCAGUUGGCGAAACGCUGAUCUAGACCAACUAGGUUCACUAAACAGUACAUGGUGCUAAAUUAAAAACUGAAUUGCAUGAUUCAGACUAAACUAGCAAUUCUGUAGGUAAAGUCCAGCAUGAGAUUUUUUUCAAAUCUGUUAUUUUAGACUACAUUUUUUUCGAUUUUCUAAAAUUAGUGUUUAGUGAAUUAAUCCCAUUCUAAUUGAAAGGGCUUUUCCAUUUAUCUAUUUGUUUGUUUACUGAUAAAUUAUGUAUAAAAAGAGAAGAAUGGGAAAUAUUACAUUGUAGAAUUGCUGUUUGAAUUGCUGAUUCAAAAUGUCAUAGUAGUAAUCUGUUUAUUUUAAACAGACAUGCCAGUAAAUAGUUGACAUAGCAAUACAUAGUAGUCUGCAAAGAUGGCAGCUAGUGAAAACAGGUGGUGUAUGAUUUUUGUUUGGCCAACAUUAGGUGUAAAAAUAUGAUGUACAAGGUGGGACUUAUCAAGGUGACAAUUACCAUGGAAACCAAUAGAAUGCAGCUCAUAAUUUGCUACUCUGCACUUAAAAUAAUACCUGUUUUGACUUGAUAAAUCUCACAUAAAGUGUAAGUUCCAAAUAUUUAUUUUUUUUUGGGGUGGGGGGGAGGUUCUCAAGUAAUUCAAAUUUGUAUUUUUUUUGUAAACACUCCAGCAUGCUUGUCAAUCCUAAAGCGUCACAAGGAUAAUGACUUUGCUCUGUACACAGAAGCAAUGUACUCCUCUGCUCUCACACCAGUAAAAGCUUCAUUAGUAUUUACUGGGCUGAAGGGAUGUGGAAACGUUGCCCCGGUUGGACUUCAAAUAUGACAUGCUAACUGCAAGCCUGCUUACAAUUCUCUGUGUUAAUUUGUCUUUGGAUUAUUUAUAUUUACUACAGAUAGAAUGACUGCAUUUGCCAAUUCUCUUGUGUCUUUAAUGCUGUUCCUGUAACCGAGCUAAUGCUGUUAUUUUUAUAUUUCCUCCCCCAGUUGUCUGCAUCGGUAUUGGGUGCUAUUUGGGUAACCAGCCGCUUUUCCUACGCCUGGGGAUAUUACACAGGAGGUGAGAACCUACUUAUGGUACACAUGUUAUACUGGCUAGAGGAGACAGAAUCAGGACAGUAUAACAAUACAAUCAUUUACUUGGGUAAUCAAGCAAAUAGUGGGAUGUCUAAAAGUUAUGUUUGUCUGUUUGAGCUUACUAGAUAAGCUCAUGGAACACGCCACUGAAAUGUUGACGAGUCUACUGGGCUUCAACUAUUCACCAACAAUACAUGGAUAAUCCUGACACACCUUAGUGCAUAUUAUAUUUAUAAAUAAUUUUUUAUUUUUUUUUAUUCGCAUCUGCUACAUAGAUAAUCUUUUGUAUUUUAGGUAAUACUAUCCCAAAUAUCAAUUAAAUAUAUUACUUGUGGGGUGACAAUGCACCAUUUAUUUUCCACACUACAUGAUAUGUAUGUGACUGUUCCUGAACUGUGUUUCUAAUUCUGUUGCUCUACUUGCAGAUCCACAGAAAAGAAUGAAAGGCGCUUAUGGUUAUAUAGGACUCUUCGGGGUUAUCCUGAUCUCUCUUGCUACAGCUCUGCAACUUCUCGACGUUAUUUAAUUAAAUAGCUUACUCUUUGAUAACAUUCCAGUUUGUCUUUAGAAAUUCCUUUUCAGAAUAGGUAUGGAAAUAUAUAGCUGGGUUAGCUCCUGUUACUAUCAAUAUAGAUUUCUGAAAAAAAUUUUGUACUAAAAAAUAAAAUACUAAUUAUUCCAUCUUACGUGUGUUGUAC